CUAGCCGCCAAGCUUCCGUUUCUCUAAUGUUCUCUGUAGCCGCCGGCGGGAGCUGAGAGCCGGUUAGGGGGCGGGCCUUCCGGGUCAGGGCGCGUGGUUGAGGAAGGGCAGGAUCAGGGAGUGUUGCUCCCUGCUGCUCGGGAAAUGUCUUCACUUUCAGAAUACGCCUUGCGCAUGAGUCGUCUAAGCGCCCGGCUCUUCGGUGAAGUUGCCAGGCCGACUGACUCCAAAUCCAUGAAAGUGGUGAAACUUUUCAGUGAGCAGCCCAUGGCUAAGAGGAAGGAGACCUACGACUGGUAUCCAAACCACAACACGUAUUUCGCGCUCAUGGGCACACUCCGGUUUUUUGGCCUGUACAGAGAUGAGCAUCAGGAUUUUAAGGAUGAACAAAGGCGUCUAAAGAAGCUUCGUGGAAAGGGGAAACCAAGGAAAGGAGAAGGAAAAAGAGCAGCGAAAAAGAAAUAGUGUCAGCCGUCAGGACAGAAAGUUUCUUCCUCAGUGACUAAAAGAAGAAAGUGUAUUUACGUCUUUCCACUAAUAGAGGAACCUAAUCUUCCUCAGUGAAGGUUAUUUAGAACACAUCAUCCCGUGUGGAAAUCUAAUCUAGUCAAAUUGUGCCUGGUUUCUUGAAUACAUUGUAAUUCUGCAAAAUUAUUUCAGCCGUGGUUUUGUAAUCUGAGGUUCACCUAAUUCUGCAGUGGGGUAAAUGUAUAAUUUAUUGUUUGUGACUUGUUGGGAGUAGGUAUGGGAUGUCGGGGGAGUGGAAAAGCAGCCUCAUUAAAUGAAUGCCCAGCAGUUUC